AUGUCUAAAUUACGUAAAAGAUUAGAAGAUAAUGAAUCUGAUGAAAAUGACAUUGAUAUCGAUAAUGUUGAGUUUAUUAAUGUUAGUUCUAGUUGCGUUGCUGGAACUGCUCCUGAAGGUUAUUAA